AACCAGCAGAGGACCUAGGCUGUGCCUAUAACAUCCAAUAACCUCAACAUCUCAAUGUGAACAUAACCUUGUAGAGCGUAGUUUAAUUGGCGCUAGAAACGGUUCUCGAGGUACUUUGAUAGGUCACUAUAGUUGAGAAAUUAAAUCAUUUUCAUAAAUUUCCUUUGAUUUUAUAUUCGUUCUGAUUGAAAAAUUAUUUGACAUCGAUUGAAGCAUUCGUUGUAAAAAUAAAAACUAAAUUGUCAUUGAUUAUCAAGAUUCAACUGUGCAGAUUGCUAGAAAAAUCAAUUUAUAAUUUUUCGGCAUUGUGAUGAAAAAAGAUGUCAGCAGAAUCAGGAGAUAAUGAGGGAAAACAAUGGACAGAGGCUGAGCGCCUGGAGCUAGCAGCGAAGCUGGAUGCUGAAUUAGAUGAAUACAUAAGUAAUUUGGAGAAGAAAUCAUAUGAUGAGGGUUGGCCAGAGGAUCGAUGGCAAGAAGAAAUGGAGAAACAUCCAUUUUUCAUGAAGAAGCCCCCUGAACCUGGCGAUGAGAUCUCACCGUUGAUGGAAGGGCUCCAGCAGCUCAAGUAUGGCGAGGAUGAAAAUACACCUGAAGAAUUAGCAGCUAAUUACAAAGAAGAUGGAAACUUCAAUUAUAAACACAAAAAUUACCGUCUGGCAAUUCUAAGUUACACAGAAGGAAUAAAAACUAAAUGUAAAGACGGUCUCAGAGCUCAGUUGUACAAUAAUCGAGCAGCUUCCCACUUCAUGCUGAAGAACUAUCGAUCUUGUUUGAAUGAUUGCAAAAUGGCAUUGAAGCUCCAGGCGAACUAUCCUAAAGCUCUGAGUAGAGCAGCGAUGUGCUGCUAUCUUACGAAAAACUUUGAUGACUGCAUUGAACUGUGUAAUAUUUAUAUCGCUGAGCAUGAGUCCAAUAGUGAAAUCUCUAAAAUGCUUAAAAACGCAAAUCUGGAAAAGAAAAAACUGCAGAGGGAAAUAAGAUUGAGGGAAAUGAAGGAGAAAAAAGAAGAGAAGGAGGAAAACAGAUUGAUGGAGGCGAUUGAGCAGAGGACUAUCAACAUAGAUCUGUCAAAUGGCAAUAAAUCGUAUGAGUUGAAGGAUUUGGAGCCUCAGAUUCCCCAAUUAGCUCAGCAUAGAGUGAGGCUGGAUAAAGAAGAAGGAUUGAUCUGGCCUGUUAUGAUCCUUUAUCCAGAAACUAUGCAGACAGAUUUCAUUCAGAAUUUCCACGAAGAUACACCAUUCAUGGAUCAAUUGGAAGAACUUUUUGAAGUUCCACCUCCUUGGGAUAUGGGGCAUCGUUAUAUCGUUCCUAAUUUGAAUGUUUAUUUCGAAGGAAUUAAUAAAGCAUCUGUACAUAAAGUUGAUAUCAGUCGAACGCUGGGGACAAUCAUUCAACAAAAACAAUUCGUUCUGAGGGAUGGAACCCCGUCAUUUCUCGUGCUGAUAGCCUCCAGUGACGCUGAGAAACGAUUUUUGGAUAACUACAAAGUAUCAAGAAGCUUAUGAACAUUACCUUGCACAAUGAAAAAUAAAUGAAACAACUGCAUAUUCCGACUACCAA